GCAAGAUUAUAUUGCUCUAUAUUCAUAGAUAGAAUGGAUCGUGUCACCAUCUUCUUGAUCUUCUUAUGCAUUGCCUUACUCAUUUCCAGUAGUAAUGGGUUUGAUGCUACACAACCAAAUUCUUUUGAUGUGAUAACCAAUGGAGCUGUUGGAGACGGCAUAACUGAUGAUUCGGCGGCCUUUUGGAAAACAUGGGAAGCCGUGUGUGGAGCAGAUGGUUCAGACACUCCUACCCUCAUCGUACCUUCUGGGAAGACAUUCUUGUUGAAGCCUGUGGGGUUCUAUGGUCCUUGCAAAGUCCACAACAUCAAUGUUGAGGUUUAUGGGUACAGAGUUGCGCCCGAUUCUAUUUCGGGAUAUGAGGGACACACUAAUGAGUGGCUUUCCUUCAAUUACAUAGAAGGCCUCAACAUCUAUGGAACUGGCCAAAUUGAUGGCCGAGGCAGUGUUUGGUGGUGGCCACAGUCUACUGAGAUGAGCAACCAAGAACGACCCACGGCACUAGUAUUCCAUAGUUGUAAUGGUCUUCAACUAAGUGGACUAAAGCAUUUGAACAGCCCAAGAAACCAUAUCUCCAUUAAUGGCUGCAAUGGAGUAACUAUUUCAUAUGUCAAUAUCAUUGCACCAGAAAACAGCCCAAAUACUGAUGGUAUUGACAUAGCAUCCUCAACCCAAGUUCUAAUCCAUGACUCUUACAUUGGUACAGGUGAUGAUUGUGUGGCCAUUAAUGGUGGCACCUCUUUUAUCAACAUUACCAAGGUUACAUGUGGACCAGGCCAUGGCAUAAGUGUGGGAAGCUUAGGAGCAAAUGGAGCUCAUGAAACAGUGGAAGAAGUCCAUGUGAAAGAUUGUACUUUCAUUGGAACCAUGAAUGGAGCAAGGAUCAAGACAUGGCAGAGUGGAUCUGGAUAUGCAAGGAAGAUCUCUUUCGAGCAAAUUACACUUUCAGCAGUAAACAACCCCAUCGUCAUCGACCAAUAUUACCCUAAUUACUUGCAAGAUGGUUCAGACAUUGAAGUGAGCGACAUCAAAUACAUAGGAGUGCAAGGGACUACAACUGCAGAGAAUGCCAUCACAUUGAAGUGCAGUAAUAGCAUGGGUUGCUACAACAUUGAAAUGACCCAAAUCAAUAUCACAUCAACAGUUCCAGGCAAAGAGACUUACUCUUUAUGCAUUAAUGCCCAUGGAACAGCUACAAAUUGUAAUCCACCUUUAAUAAACAAGGUGGAUGCUAUGAUGUAUGUGCGAGGACUUUCGUCCGAACGAGUACGUGCACACAUGGCGUGGGCUGUAGAGAUCAUACAGUUACGAUCUAACGGACUAGAUUCAAAGAUGGAAGAAUCCAUUUGUUGGGAACAGGAAAUCUGUUUUGCUGUAGGAACAGAUUUCUAUGCUUCUGGCUUUUCUGCUUCUCAAAAGGCUUUCUGA